AUGGCUCCACGUGCCUGGUCAAAACUCUCUACAGCAGAUGCACUUGUGUUAGGGGCUAUCCAGAUUUUGAUGGGCAUCUUUCAUGUUUUCAUGUGGUAUCUCCUAUUGACUUUGUAUAUAGGACAGACUCCAGGAGUCUUUGGGAUAUAUUCACCCAUAACUUACCAAGCAGGAUGUUCUUUAUGGGGAGUUGUUUUUAUCCUUUCAGGAGCCCUCAUAAUAACAGUAGCAAGAAUUCCAUAUCCAUGCCUGAUUACAGGUGCUAUAAUUUUGAACAUCUUAUCCAUACUUCUUACAAUGAUUGCAGUAAUUUUGACAGUAGCUGAACUGUUUACUUUUCAUUCUUUGUCAUAUAGGAAUUAUGGACAAGCGAAACUUGGGAGGGAAGUGUCACGUGUUUUACUGUUGUCCUACCCCUUGGAAUUUGUUGUUGCAGUUUCAUAUUCGAUCUUAACCUGUUCUGAUUUGGUAAGUGUUUAUCUCCUCACUGGCCUAUCAAGGGAUGUUGAUUUUAGUAGGCUCUAUGAGGAGAUGAAGUUUAACGAUUCAUGCAUUGAUAAUGAAAAACAGCAAUAUGAUUGCUUUGUGGUAGCCUAG